GUCGCCUUUACUUCCGGUCGUUUUCAUGCCGGCGCCCGGUGAGGGUGAGCGCGCAGUACAGCCAGCCGUACUCGAGGCAGGGCGCAACUAACGGACAUUUGAUGACAGCGUUAGCCUACUGCCGGUGACAAUGGCAGGCAUUCUGAACCGGAGUCGCCUCUGCCUCUGCCCAAUGAUCCAACAGUUUGCUCGCUACCCGAGGCCGACAGACAUCAGGGGACUGCGGCACGCAAAUAGCCGCUUUCCCACGAAUUUCCAUUCAGAAAAAUGUUUAAAGCUCCAAACAAAAGAAAUCCAUUCCUCAAUUUUAAGAAGAAUGGAAAAUACAAGCUUGCUGGAUGAAACCACCUAUGAAAGAAUUGCAGAGGAAACACUGGGUCUUUUAUCUGAUUUCUUUGAAGAUCUUGCAGAUCAGUCUUUUGUUCCAAAAGACUACGAUGUAACAUUUGCGACUGGUGUGCUGACAAUAAAGUUGGGGGAAUCUUUGGGAACUUACGUGAUUAACAAACAGACUCCAAACCGACAGAUCUGGCUCUCAUCUCCAAUCAGUGGUCCUAAACGAUAUGAUUGGACUGGAAAGAAUUGGAUCUAUUCUCACGAUGGAGUUUGUUUACAUGAACUGCUCACAAAAGAGUUCUCCACGAUGUUCAAGACCAAAGUGGAUGUACUUGCAGUCACUGAUAUGAGUUAUGUGUGACCCUGCAAGAAACUAUGAUUCUGAAGAAAUAUUUUGCAGAUAUUAUGUAUGGAACCUUGUUCUUUUGAUGGGAACUGGAACACUGUGAAGACUGGAUUCAACUUAUAUAUUCCUGAUUAAAUUACUGCACUUCUUUCCACUGGAGUCUUGCUUAUCACUGAAUGAUGGGAAACUCUUCCAAUAUAUUUUGUUUUCAUAGUCUGGGUUUUUUUUAAAUUUCAUGCAUUCUUUCCAUGAUAAAUUGCUGAUUUGUUUUCUAAAUUUAGUUUAUGUAAUGCAUUGGAAAAUAAUAUUGGAUUGUUAGCUCAUUUGCUUUCUGUUAAUUAUGACAAUUUUCUAUAAUUUUGUUUUGCUGCAGCAUGGAAUUUAAGCAUUAAUACCAAACUACAUUUAACCUUAAUAUCCUCGAUCUUUAAAAAAAUCUAUAUUUUCUUAGCUGUGGAAAAAUUAUUAUAUCAUCCAUUAACAAAUGGGUAAACAUUCCUUUCUGGGUUCCUGCUGGGGAGCAGAAUAUGAAAGGAUGGCAGGAUGGAUAUUCAAAGCUGCAGCCUCGUAGUCCUAUUCAUAGCUCAAUUUUAGUUCGGGGAAGGAAAUUAACUGAAACAUUUAAAGCAAGGAUUAUGUAACUUUUUUGCAUUUAUUUUGAAGUGCUAUUAACUAGAUCAUAUUUGCCAAUCACUGGUAUAUGUCAGGAAAGAAGAUUAUUCUUGUUUCCAUAGUAGCUGAAUUUGCCCUCUUUGUCCUGGUUGGUAAGGUGGGAGACAAGUCCAAGGUUGCUCAUUGUUUGAAAUGUAGGUUAAUGCUUCAGUUACUUUUCACUCACCAAAAAUAAUUUGUAUCAUCAUUUAACAACCAAAAAUAAUAGUGGUACAGGACGUAACUGGAUGAGGAAGCAUACAUAUGGUGACACAAAAUGGACUGAAGAAGGAGGGGAAACAAAACAGUAUACAGUGGACAAACAAGAGAAGAUCUGCAGAUGCUGGAAUUCCAAGCAACACACCCAAAAUGCUGGAGGAACUCAGCAGGCCAGGCAACAUCUAUGUAAAAAAGUAGCUGAUGUUUCCAGCCAAGACCCUUUGGCAGAACUGGAGAACUACUCAUCUCUAUUUCUCCAUUCCUGCUGAAGGGUCUUGGCCCAAAAUGUCAAGUAUAUAGUGGAUUCUGAUUAAUUGCACUAUUGGUUAAUCGAGGACCCGCUUAUCUGGAACAACUCUUAAAGCACAAAAACUAAUUGAGAAAAUAGCCAGGAUUUCCAUUGUUACUAUUUGGGACACUAUAUUGCUUAAUUGGGUCAGGAGACUGUUGCCGAACAGUUUCUAACUAGAGUCAGACGUGUGCACUUACAUGGCCGUUAGACACUACACUGCUUAGAGUGAACAGUUUUUAAGUAGUGUCAGCUGCAUGAGCUUGUGUUCAAAAAGCAGUGAUUUCUGUCACUGCUAGUUAGUUAGCAAGAAAUAAGCAGCAAGACAAUUCAGAACUGGCUGUGGUUUCAAGCAUUCAGGCUUGGAAAUAGCUGGGAGUGAAAAUGAAAUGAUUUCAGUACUUCAACAAGUUAGGAACUACCAAGUAUUUGAAGGUAUCAACAAACAUCUUGAAUGUUACAAUGGAAAUGAAGAUUUGUAGGAUGCAGUCGUUGAUAGCAUUGUAUAAAGGAAGUCCAUUAUCUACACUAGGUGUCUGCGCUGAUUUUCAUUGUUUACAGUCAAACAAAAGAACGUGGCAGCAUACAGGUACACUGAAUGAAUUUCUCUGUCAGUAACAAGUGGGUAUUAAUACACAGUUUUAUAGUACUGUAGUAUUGAUAGUGUCAAAUAUGUUCUUUAUUUCAUUUAAGUACAUAAUUUGUUACUCAGUUAAUGGUAGUUUGUCUUUUUUAUACCUUUAUAACCUUCCAAAGUGUACUAGUCCCAAGGUGGCCAUAUUAACCAGAAUCCAGUGUAUUUGCUUACCACUUCUGUCAAGUGGAGUAGAUAUACAGUCUGAAAACUAACCUCAAUUACCAAUCUUCUCAGUAUGUACUCUGCGGUUGCCUUUAAUAUUUUCAUUUCAUACAGUUACAGUUAACUAUGACAGAAAAGCAGCAGUUUGAUGUUGCAUAUUGAGAUUUAACAGCCAAUUGACAACCACCUGGGCUAAGUGGAUUGCUUCAAUUCCUCCAUGACGUUCAAGGUUGGAAUAGGAAUUUAGAAUAUGACUCUUUAAUUGUACUUCACUGCAAAGAGUUUAAAUCUAUAUCGUCACAUUUUGGUACAUAAUAAACCCACCUUGCAUUUCCAAACAAGUCUUGCUCAGUCCACUAUUGUAGUUGGAAUCCCAUUAGCUCUCCAAAUGCGGUGAAUUUACAGAAAGGCG